AGUCUAGUUUUAGUUGAGCUCCCGCGCUAACCGUUCGUCGUACGCAUCACACAUCGCGCAUGUCGCACUUCUCUUUAUUUAUCAUUGCAGUAGGCCUAGAGAAAUGAUUAGGGAAAUCAUAAACAAUCAUAGACGCGCUCUGGCCGAAAAAAGGUGGUUGGUGUUGUUGUGCUGUCACGCGUUUUUGGACGAGAGUAAACGGAAAUCGGGAUGCGGUGAUUGUUACAUUAUCGAACGCCAGGUGUCCUUCCAUUCGAUUGAGGAGGAAGAAGAGGAGGAAGAGGAGGAAGAGGAGGAGGACUUCAGGAUGGUGUCGACUUUCGAGUACGAAACUAGGCUGCCGAAAAGUUGUCUGUUGGAGUUGGAGGAGGUUCUGCGUACUCUGCAGAGCAACAAAGACGACCCGAUCAGCCGAAACGUCGGGCCCUUCCCUCGCAAUGACGACGGUUUGUAUUUCACCGAAGACAUACAAAUCCGGCCUAACGCCAUUGGCAACCGGGGCUUCAGGCAGUCCAAGACGGAAGAUUUCGACAUACGUCGAAAAUCUCCCACGAAGAUACAUGAUUUUCAAGUCACCGGUUGCGUGAAAAUACAACUACCGAAUGAGCAUUCUCUAUUGAAACUGAAGAAGAACGAACAUAUUCGCUACCAAAAUAAUGUGAUAUAUAAAGAUUCCCUAACACAAUCCUCACCUUUGAAAUCCGGCGUGCAAUUCAAGUCGGCAAGGGUGCUAAACAAAAAAGAAGUAGAGCUGCGUGACGCCGGCAACCACGCGUACCUGCUCAUCUUCGAUUCAUCCAAGGAUGCCAAGAAUUUCACCGAAACCGACAACGUCGCCUGUCUCUUCGACACGGAAAAGUCGACCAUCACCAAAACUCUGCUGAGGUUGUUGGGAAAGAGGUCGAGCAGAGAGGUGCUCGAGAAAAAAGGGAUUUAUCAGAACGAGCCUAUCUUCGGAAAUACCCUCAAGAACAUCUACAAUUCAGAAAAUGGCGUUCCCAGUUUCAUUCUGAAAACCAUGGAGCUCAUCGAGCGGCCCGACAACAUCACCAGCCUGGGACUGUACAGGACGUCCGGCAACCUGGCCACCAUCCAGAAGAUUCGCCUGGAAGUGGACAAGGGCAAUCCCGGCAUCCUCGACAACUACGCCAAGGAUCCCGACGUGCUCACCGGCAGUCUGAAGCUGUUCUUCAGAGAGUUGAAGGAGCCGCUGAUGUCUUGCCAAACUUGUGAUAAUCUGUCGUGUCUUGCGAGGAACGACAAGAACUAUUGUAAGAAAGACAAAGACAAAGUGCGGACGAUCUUGAAGCACCUGCCUGAAGCCAACUCGGAAACGCUGUUAGCUCUCGUCCGGCACCUGAUCGAGGUGGUCAAGUACAAAGAUCAAAAUAAGAUGGACACGUACAAUCUGGCCGUCUGUUGGGGCCCCACCGUCAUUUUCGCCACGGACGCUUCGGACUGCUCGAAGGAUCUAGUCACCCAGUCCACCGAGGCCACAAGGCUGUUCGAUGCUCUGCUCACGUUUUACAUAAACAAUCCGGAGGAACUCGAAUUGAGGAAGAGGCCUCGCUUGGACUCUAACAGGAACACCAUCCAUCGGGAGGAUUCCAAAGACAGCGUCGCCAGUUCCGAUAGUAGCAGUUCGUGGCAUAAAAAAAAUUCGAGCAAUCCGAACAUCGAUAUUAUCGAUGAAGGUCUGCGGAAAAGCGUCGAACUUAUUGAAAAUUGUAUUACGACGAACGGUCUCUACAAAAAAUCCGGCUCGCUGGAAAGGACGAACAAGAUUGUGAAGAAAAUGACGAAGAAAAAGACAGCGGAAAUGGAAAAAUACAAACAUGACGUCUACGAGUUGACUGACUCUUUGAAGAAAUAUAUGAGGGAAGUUCACGAACCGCUAGUGACCAAAGAAGCUGUCGAGCAUAUUAAUAAACUCUGUGGUAAGGAUUUUGAUGAAUAUUUCAGAUUACAGUUCUUUCAAUCAUGA